AUGCAAUCCGCACACACGAAGCGGAAAUGUCGCAAGCAUAAAACGAGAUUGGCGGCAGCCGAUAUAAAGAACAUCAACAAGAAUGCAACCCGUACGAUCUACCUGAUUCUCCGUCGAAUGAGUGAAGGCCCCGGACUAGAAGUCAAGCGAUGUUUCGAGAAGUACGGUGAUGCUGGAGGUCUACUAGAUUCCAAAAAACUUCGGGAAUUCCUCAGAGAUGUCCAAUUCAUGUCGCCUGAGGAGAUCCACAGCGCGGAAAAGAAACACUUCGAUGAAGAUUUCCAUCACAUCGAAACCAUUCUCGGGGUUUUCCUGGAAGACGAUAAAAUGUUCGGAGCGGUGGAUUACAGCCGCCCCCAGGACAUGACAAAACCGCUCACCCAUUAUUGGAUCAACUCGUCACACAAUACGUAUCUCAAAGGACGCCAAGUAGGAAUGAAAUCUGCGAGUUCCCUCCAGUACAAGCGGGUUCUCGAGAGUGGCUGUCGAUGCAUUGAACUGGAUGUUUGGGAGAGCGCAAAUCAAUUGAAGGUCUGUCACAGGUCCCUAACAAACGCACUGGAUCUGAAGCCCGUCCUAGAGCUCAUAAAAGAAUAUGCCUUCAAGACUUCGACGUAUCCCGUGAUACUUUCCAUCGAGCAACAUCUCAGCCUGAAAUCAUUGAAGCGAAUGAUGUUGCAUAUCAGAGAAUGCUUCAAAGGCUUCCUGCUCGAGGACCGUUUCGAAUCCUGCGCGGAAUCAGCGAAUUUAAGCUUGAUGUCACCUGGAGAAUUGCGGAACUGCAUCCUGAUAAAGAUGAAAGGCAAGAGAGAUAUACGAGGAGACUUUUCCGUGGCGAAACUUAGCUCCCCGAAGAAUCUGAACCUUAUCCAAGAAUGCUGCAGCGCGAACGUAGCCGACGCCAACGCGAUAAUCUCGCUCGCGGAGUCAUUUGCGGACACGAUGAUUUAUUUCAACGAGGAGCAAUGGAGGGUUCGUACCCGGAACAAUCUGGCCAGAGUUUACCCAUCGGCUUGCAGGAUCGACUCUAGCAACUAUUUGCCGGUGAAGGUUUGGCUCGCCGGAUGUCAAAUGGCCGCUCUCAAUCUCCAAAAGCCAGGAUCCAGCGUCCUGCUCAACCAAGCGCUCUUCGACUUGAAUGAGCGAAGGGGCUUCGUUACGAAACCGGAAGCGAUUCUCUCCGGGAACGUACCGACGACCCCAGUCGAGAAGCUGAAGCUGAAGAUACUCAGUGGGCAUCGUUUUUUCGCCUUGCCUCGAGGAGCGGCGAAGAGCAAGCACAUAGAAUGUCAUCUCAAAGCUGUGAUCCAUGGAACGACCAAAGACAAAAAGACGGAGAAGCUUGACGUCUCAUUCACGCUAGGCCACGAUUUCGAAAUCAAUGCAGCCUUCGAGUUCGACAUAUGCCUACCGGGGGCGGCUUUCCUCGAACUGUCGAUACACUCGACGGAAAGAGUUGGAUCAUUCACCGCCGUGGUGUCGUCUCUGCGUCGCGGGAUUCGCUUCCUUCAUCUGACGGACCUUAUUGGCCGCAAAGCUGUGCCUUCGAGCUGCUUGUUAGCUCACAUCGAGAGGGAGACAAUGCUCAACGAGGAGUGAUCGCCCAGUGACAGAUGUUCCUUCGAUUGUUCUAUCUUCUGAGUCCUCGUGUAGUUGUGCCAGCUUCGAAUCGAUCGGAUUCCGGUUCAGACUGAGGAACCGCCGGACUCGCUGCUGAAAGCUGAGAUUAUCAUUCAUGAACAUUCGGACGCUCGCAUUUCUUCCGAUCUCCUUCUGCUCCCUGCAUUUGUGGUUAUACUGUAAUCCAAUAUUCCUUUAUCCAUGUCUGUGGAAUCUCCCGGUUGUUAGGGUACCGCUCAUGUAAUUAAAUUCGUAUACGCCUGGCGUGACGACCAU